AUGUCCACUACCUACCCUCCCUUAUACCCUCUGAGUAAUGACAAUCGCGCUGGCGUUGUCGUGAUCACCGCGGUUGUUACCGCUGUUUUUACACUUAUUGUCCUCACAAUCAAAUGUUCCGUCCGGCCUGGCGUCUCGAUAACGAACCCGUCCGACAUUGUGAUACUCAUCAGCAUAACAACAUACCUUAUAGAGACCGCCUUCGUUGUAGUUGCAUGCAACCAUGGUUUAGGACAACCGCAGGGAGUGCUCCCAGCAAAUAACGUCGAGACAGUCAAAAGAACUCUACUCGUAUCACAGCUUCUGGGCCUGUUGAGCUUUGCCUGUUCAAAGCUUUCGGUCUGUCUACUUAUCAACCGGUUGUGGAAGUUUGGUAAACUCCGAUGGGCGAAUAUGAUUCUCGUCGCGCUUGUCUUCCUAUGGGUUGUUGCAGGCCUCCCGCUUCUCAUAACCGGAUGCGCAGGGGGGGAAUCAUGGGGCUCUGAGCAAUGUCCGGUCAGUCGAUCGGCACAUAUCUUCAACGGCCUCAUAAACAUCAUGACAGAUUCCGCGCUUUGCAUCCUUGCCUUUGUAUUAAUUAGCAUGAUCAAAUCUGGAAAGGGACAUCUCAUGCUCCUUUUCAACUGUCGCAUAAUCACGGUGGUGCCAAUGAUUAUUGACCUCAGCACAUUCGGGCCUCUAUCUGAUGCAACCUGGGUACUUGCCACAACUAUGAUCUGCUUCCAAGUCUCAUUGUGUCUCUCAAUCAUCACGGCCUGUAUAUCGAGUCUCAAGGUUGUGGGGGAUAUUUUUUUAGGGGGGGAUGGGGUGGACGGUCGAGAGUGUCACGAGCUGACGAGGCUUGGGGUUUGCAAUGCCUCGCGUUCGGUCGAAUAUCACCAGGGCAGAUACUAUAAAACACAUCCGACGCUUAAUAGAAACUUUGGAGAUGAAGAAAGGACCAUAGCGCUGUCGACGACACGGACGGGAGGCGAAAGUGUCGAGCGAUUGAAUCCUGGGUCCUGA